CGGAUAGCCGCGCUUUUUUCCUUGGUUGUGCUUUUGGUUACUUACGGUAAGAUGGACCCGCAGUGUCCACUAAAGGAUCAGGUGAUCCACUAACUACGAAGCGAAGGCUGACUGGGGAAAAUGCAAAAUGACAUAUAGCAAAUGUCGGAGCAUAAUUCAUUCACAUUGUCGGCUCACAUUUGGAUUUAAAUCGCACCGCUGGAGCUCCAAUGUGACGAUGGCUCGUUAGGGCUGGCGGCGCACUUGCGAUUUUUUUUGAUAUUUUAAUUUAUGAGAAAUCACAUUCACAGACAAAUAUUGGUUUCAACAUGGGGCUGUGCUACAGUUUGCGUCCCCGGCUCUUCGGGGACCUGAGCGGGUCUAUCUCCAACGCUACCUCGGACUCGGACCAGCCUCCGGACGCCGCCGUGCCGGCUCGCGCUGGGGGAGCUCGCCAGGAGGACACCGGGGGAUGCGGGGAGACUUCGUCGCUACGCGGCGGCGGCGGCGGCCCGGUGCGCCCCGGGGACCCUGCCAGGCUCCCGGCCGGGGAGCACCGCCGUGGAGACACCGGUACAGACGGUGUGCUCAUACAAAACGGUGGCGGUGGCGGCGGAGGAGGAGGUAGUGGUAAGGGGACAGGGAAGGACCGUGGUCGACGCUUACAGCUGCUUCAAAAGACUAGCACCCAAAAGCAGAAAAACUGGGACAAAUUGCUGGUGGAGGAGAAGGAGGCCGAGAAGGAGGCGAAGAAAGUCAGUAAGAAUAUUGACAGGACGCUGAAGGAGCUCAAACGGGAGUACAAACAGACGCAUCGGCUGCUGCUACUCGGUGCGGGAGAGUCCGGAAAAAGCACCAUUGUGAAGCAGAUGAGGAUUCUACACGUCAACGGCUUCAACGCAGAAGAAAAGAAACAGAAAAUACAAGAUAUUCGAAAAAACGUGAAGGAUGCCAUAGUGACUAUAGUGUCUGCGAUGAGCACUUUAAUACCCCCAGUCCCGCUAGCCAACCCAGAGGACCAAUUCAGAAUCGAAUACAUCAAAAGUAUAGCACCUCUCUCGGACUUUGACUAUUCACAGGAGUUCUUUGAUCAUGCAAAGAAGCUGUGGGACGACGAAGGAGUGAAGGCGUGCUUUGAGAGGUCCAAUGAGUACCAGCUCAUCGACUGUGCACAAUAUUUCCUGGACAGAAUUGACUCUGUAAGACAGAACGACUACACACCCACAGACCAGGACCUGCUACGCUGCCGAGUGUUAACUUCAGGGAUUUUUGAGACGAGGUUCCAAGUAGACAAAGUGAACUUUCACAUGUUUGAUGUUGGAGGCCAGAGAGAUGAAAGGAGAAAAUGGAUCCAGUGCUUUAACGACGUCACUGCUAUCAUCUUCGUGGUGGCCAGCAGCAGCUACAACAUGGUAAUAAGGGAAGACAACAACACCAACCGGCUACGGGAAGCCCUGGACCUCUUCCGCAGUAUUUGGAACAACAGAUGGUUACGCACUAUAUCGGUCAUAUUAUUCCUGAACAAGCAGGACAUGCUGGCUGAGAAAGUACUAGCUGGAAAAUCCAAAAUUGAAGACUACUUCCCUGAAUAUGCUCGCUACACCAUACCAAAUGAAGCAACUCCUGAACCCGGCGAGGACCCAAGAGUGACAAGAGCUAAGUUCUUCAUUCGAGACGAGUUUCUUCGGAUCAGCACUGCGAGCGGCGACGGCAGACACUACUGCUACCCCCACUUCACCUGCGCUGUGGACACAGAGAACAUCCGGCGGGUGUUCAACGACUGCCGGGACAUCAUCCAGAGAAUGCACCUGCGGCAGUAUGAACUCUUGUGAUGGGAGACCGCCUCCGUCAGCCUUCUGUGUUUUUUCUCCACCAUUCUGCAUCCUUGGCGAACCCUUCCUCCUCCUCCUCCUCCUCCUCCUCCUCCUCCCUCACCCCCCCCCCCCCUUCCCCAAAGAGACCCCUUACCACCCCUCCUGUUGAGGACUAUGAAGUACUACUGAAGUGUGUCAAAUCCUCUUCCUCUUCUAAACUUCUUAGCUUUUUGUACUUCUUAUUUUUUCUCUGAGACAGAUUCAUGCCCAUUUCGCCCAUGUGAAAGGAAGUUUUGGGGAACAAAGUUGGUGCGUGCCGCUAAGUUUUUUCUUUUUUCUUUUAAUCCUUUUGAAUGCCUUGAUUUUUGUCAUUCCACUAAGCCUUGGGCUACCUCCUUUUUUCCCCUUUGUUUUCCUCUGAUUUUUGGCUUCGUUGUUGGACCUGGACUGGUGGGUGUUGAAACAUAAAACACACCUACAGGACCUCAGUGUAGAGGCAAUGUGUGUGUGUGUUAAUGUGUGUGUGUGUGAUGAAGAGAAGGAGGAAUGCCAUGUGAGCGAACGUGUGUGUGUGUGUGUUGAAGUUCAUGUCGCCUGCUGGUUUAAGCUGGCAUCACCACCAUGACCUUUGUCCCCUCUACUUUCUUCUUUUUUUUUUCUUUUUUUUUUUUUCCUUUGGCCCCUCUGACCCGCUUCUUGUCUCCGCAUGGACGUCGACUGGACGGCGCCAAAACCAGAGAGACGGCCAGGAGCGUAUGGAGGGGAGCCGAGUGGAUGAAGAGAUAAAUGCACUUUGCAUCAGGUUCCUUAAUAACAUUUUUUUCAGUUGUUUUUUUUUUUUUUUUUUUUUUUCUCCAGAGGAAGCAUACACACAAUGUAGCAUCACAAUAUUUAUUACCCUGUCACGAUGUUAGCUUGCCGAGCUGCAGGGUGCACCGAGCAUCCGAGAGACGUGUGGAGCGAAAGAUUUAAAAAAAAAAAAAAAGUGGGAGAAGUGGGGCAGGAAACACAACGACACAAAGAAGGAUUUGAAAUGAAGGAAAAGGGACUGAGCUCUCUGCACCUUAGCCCUGCUGCCUCCACGGAGUCGGACCCGCCUCCUUUUUUUUCCCACACAAACCAUCCUUUUAGCGUAGAGAUACUGAUGGGAGGGGAGGGAGGGGGACGGGAGAGAGAAAUGUAUUGUUCCUUUUUUUUUUUUUUUUGUUAACUUGUACACUGUGCAAGGUUGAAUUAUCCUGUACAGACUGUAAAAUGUAAUAUUAUUUUGUACAACUUAAUUGAAAGAAAAACAAAUCUACUUGUAGAUCUUUGUGCCUUGAUUAUGGCUGUACCUGUAAAUGAGCUCAGAUGUAAGUAUGUUUUUGACUGCGCUGUACAGCUUGAUGUCAAUCUCUAUCAGCAGCGGAAGACUGCGGGUAGAGGACUUUCUCUGUAGAGUUUAGUUUUUUCUGGUUUAUAAAAAAAAAGAGGAAAUGCUGUUUAGUAAAAAAUAAAAAAUAGGGAAAAAAUCCUAAAAACCUGUAUACAUUAUGCAAAUUAACCACUUACCUGCAGUGAAGACCAGAUGUUGCAGCGCCAUGCCUUUUGUAUUUUGUUGGUUUUAUUUUUUCCUCCUUUUAAUUUCUUUCUUCUUUUUUUUUCUUUUUUUGAAUUCACAGCUUUAAACAAACAUUGGAAAUCCAUUUAAAGUGUCCAAAUUGCAACCUGGUGUUGUUUUAAUAGGAACCAACGUUUUUUCGAUAUGAAGUGUGUCUGAGAUCUGUACUGAUGUGCGUGCCUGUGCGCAUGUGUACAUAAAACAAACAUAGACUCACAGACGCAUUGUGUGUGUGCGUGUGAGAGGGCGAGCGUGCGAUGUGUGUGUAAAAUUUUAUAAAUGUAUGUACAUGUAAAUUUAUAGGUCUAUAUAAAUAUAUAUGUACAAUUAUACAUGUUUAAUUAUGUGUGUGCCUAGGUGUACAUACCUAUGUAUGUAUACGGUAAAUAUGUAUACAUACACACAUAGGAAAGCAUGUUUAGAAUGGAGAUGAAUAAAUGAGAGCGUGCAAUAUUAGUAAUUCUUUGGUCCUUUGGAGCCACACUGAUGGCACAGGCACUAUGAAUGUGUGAGCAGCACCCAACAAGACAAGCUCUUCUCCUUGUACAAACAGCAUCAGCCUUUUCUUCUGCUACAGUACACGUCUAUCCCCAACAGAGAGUGAACUGACUGGAGGUGCAAAUACCUUGUUUGGCCUAGGAGGAUGAUUAAAUGACAUUUUUAUUUUCUUUAAAUAAAGAGGCACAUUAGAGGACUUUGCUUUAUUUCCA